AUGGCCUCUAAACAGUUCCUGAGACGGCUGCCGCUGUUUUCGAGAGAGAGGCUAAACCAGCUUAACCUCAACCCAGGAGCUUUUCCUGAUGUUGCCAACGAUGUUCUCCCUAUUGUGACGGGUUCCAGCGAAUCAAGUACAUCUCCACGGCCGCCGCUUUCAUCGCCUGUGGCAGGCAGUGUAAGAACUGUACUGAAGCCUGGAGCCUUGCCACAGACGCUGGGCCAAUGGAGCCAGCGCCUCUCCCAUCUUCAGUCACUCCCGAAACCGCUCAGCACUUUGGCGUUGACUUCUCCCGGCGCGGAUUCGACACGUCCUGGGUGGGCUCCGGUACCCGAGGCUGGGCACCAUUCCUCCCCGACCGACAUCGCAGCAGCGACUUUGCCGGCCAUUGCUGGCCUGCUGAAGCAUAAGCUGCCAGUUCCUACCGUAUCGGCAAUUAGCUAUGAGCCCAAGGUCGAUAUUGAGCCCGCAUCAAAAGCCGCCGCAACAGCCACCGCACCAGUUGUCGAGGCCAAAGCUGUGACCUCGAGUUUCCCCGCAACCUCCUCCACCGAUGAUGUCCUCUCCGCAGCUGUCUCAGUUUCCACUGACGACUCCUCUCCAUCGUCAGUGCGCCCCCUCCUGGAGCCCCUCGACUCGCCGCAGCAUCAGCAGUCCCAGCGACAGCCGCAGGCUGCUCAGCAAUCUGCCGUCCGUCGUGCUACCGGCAACAACGCCCGUGGCAGCAAUGCCGCCAGUAGCUCCAUUCAGCUUAACAAGCACAUCAUGGCCUGCAGGAACACUGAGGAGCUGCUAGCGCUCGUGCAACACCGCGGCGCAUUUUUUGACUACUUUAACAUAUCCACGGCGCUUGCACGCGUCCCCAAGCUCGCGCUUGUAAGCCCCGCCGUCGGACACGGCUCUUAUCAUCUUCAUGGUGUGACGGCUUCGCCACCGCUACCGCCGCCAUUGAUUUCAGCCCCGGCGUCGGCGGCUGCCGCUGCCGCGGCGGUGUUGCCUAGCGAUAUUCAUCUCGACGCGGCGGGUCGUUCCCUGUUGGACCAUCUGGCUCAGCUGAUGGUAACCCAGGUCGACAGCUUCGAUGCCCGCGGCCUUGCCAACUCGGCAUGGGCGUUUGGCAAGCUUAAGUACGUGCCUUCGGGCGGCCUGCCGUCUGUGAUUGCGCAAGCGGCGCUGCGCCGCAUGCCUGAGUUCAGCCCCCAAAACUUGUCCAACCUUGUGUGGAGUUUUGUCUACAUGCACCACGCGGACGAGGUGCUGCUGUCGGCUGCGUCGCGCUUUGUGUGCGCGCGUGUGGGCGAGUUCAAACCACAGGAACUGGCCAACAUUGUGUGGGCAUUUGCCAGCCUGGGGCACCGCGACGACCAGAUGCUCCACGUGGCAGCCAAGCAAGCCCAGCGCAUCGCCCCGCUGUUCAAGGAGCAAGAGCUAUCUAAUAUGCUAUGGGCGCUGGGCAAGAUGUCCCUGCGCGACCAGCCGCAGGUGCUGGAGGCGCUUAUGGAGGAGACGCGGGUCAAGCUGCCGGCCUUCCUGCCGCAAGGCAUCUCCAAUGUGGCCUGGGCGCUGGCGUCUGUUGGCCACCCUGAUAUGCAGUUCCUGGAUCAGGUGGUGGCGCAGUGUGGCAACCAGUUGGCCGCCUUUGAUGUUCAGGCGCUGGCAAACUUGGUGUGGGCCAUGGCUUCGCUGGGCUACUAUAAGCCGCAGUUCGUGGGAGCCGUGGUGAACGAGUGUCUGGGCCGCGGAUUGGACCGCCUAAGCCCACAGAACCUGUCCAACAUUCUGUGGGGCUGCGCCACGCUCAACCACCGUGACCAGAGGUAUGUGGGGCAUCGCGGGAUGCGGGUUUCGCUGCGUCCGACCGGCUCCGGCGGCGGUGGUAUGGCAGCUGCAAGGCAGCGUCCCCACCAGCUCAUGCUCCUACUGGCAUGGCGUUCGUACGAGCAUUCGAUGCUGUCCUCCUGGGCUGCCCAAACGCUGGACAAGUUGGCGUCGUUUGAGCCUCAGGGCGUCUCAAACACCGCCUGGGCCUUCGCUCGGCUUGGUUUCCACAGCCCGCAGCUGUUCCAGGCGCUUUCGGCGGCUGCCCUGCACAAGAUAGAGGGUUUCACCGCGCAGGGUCUGUCUAACCUGGCGUGGGCCAUGGCCACCGCCGGCCACGUGCAGCCCCGCCUAUUUGAGGCGUUGGCACGCCACGCUACAUCUCUGGCUCCCUCGUUCAAUGCGCAAAACUGCAGCGUAACCCUAUGGGCAUGCGCCACCCUGCGCCACCACGAUGAUGAGCUCUUCAAUGCGCUGCUGGAGAGGCUGGUGGCAGAGGUGGACACGUGUGAGCCACAGAACGUCGCUAACGCGCUGUGGGCAGUUGCCAGGAUGGGCCACCCGCUGCCUCGUGAGCGGGCUGCUCCGUUAGUUUGCCACGCCAGUCGGCUGCUGGGCCGCAUGAACCAGCAGGAGCUGUGCAACACCAUGUGGGCGGUAGCCUGUCUUGACCUCAUGGACGAAAUACUGUUUGCGACUUUCUGCAGCUGUCUACAGCGUCUGGCGGAUAUCUCGCCAGAAGGGAUGCACCAGGCCUACCAUGCGCAGCUCAUGUACCAUUCGAGUCUGGCGCGCAGAGCCGGUAUGUCCCUGGCGCAGCUGCAGCAGUUGGCAGCCUCAAACCCGCCCGCAUCGCUGGGACUUCUGCCCUGCCUGUCGGAGCCCCUGCGCACGGUGGCGGCCAGCAUGUGGGCAGCGUCGGCUCGUGACGUGCACGUGAGCCGUUUCCACCAGGAAGUUUCAGGCGCGCUUGCUGGUGCCGGCGUGCCUCACGCGCUGGAGUGGAUGACCGACGACCAGCACUUUUCCGUGGACAUUGGUCUACAGGUCAACUCAAAGCCGGUAGCUGUGGAGGUCAAUGGCAGCCAUCACUAUGCCUCCAACGCGCCGCACCGCGCUUUGGGCGACACGGCUGUACGGCGCCGCAUGUUGGAAGACCGCGGCUGGCACGUCGUCGAUGUGGGUUUCGCAGAGUGGGAGGCCAUGGGCCGCACUGCAGCAGAGCGCGGAAGCAACCUUGUGGGCCGCAUUGCAGCAUCGCUCGAUGAUUGGGAUUGGCGCUUCGUGGGCCUACCGCAUCGUAGCCCAAGCGCCACCAUCGCGCCGCCACCGGCUGCGGUCGUGUCACCGACGCCCCCGACACCAGCGCCACCGGCCGCCGCUGACGUGUCCUUGCAGCAGACCUUAGCCGCAGCCAUGGGCCUGGGGCCGAUAUUCUCCUCCACCCCUGCUCUCUCGCAGACAUUUCCCUUUUUGGUGAAUCCAUUUGCAGCGGCUGCUGCCGCCGCGAGCAGCACUGCAGCUACCAGCGGCAGGGGCAUUUGGGCUGAGCUGGGCUUCACGGGCCUAGGCCUAAGCCAGCAGCCCUUGGGCACCAUGCUUGGAGAUGCAGUAACGGGGACUCCCGCUGUCAGCGCCGGAAUGGAGUUGAAUGUGGAGUCUGGUAUGGAGCGGACCGGCAGUUUGGGUGUGGAUGCGCAGUCCGUGCUGGCGGCGGUAAAUGCCGCUGAGGCCUUGUGCGCGCUGCCUGGCGGCAACCGCCUUCUGGCGCAGCAGAUGUACGACGUGCUGGGUGUGCGGCUCCCGGCGGCGGCAACAAGACCCUCGGCCGCAGUCAAUGUAGGUCGCGGCAGUAGCUCUCCUUCUGACCUUGCAACGGUUAUGGCCCACCUAUCAGCCUUGCAGGACGGGUUCCGGAGCGACUCGUCCUUAACGGGCAGGAACGGUUCUGGCUCUGCUUCGUUGGAGGAGGACCUGGUCAGCGAUGAUGACCUGGAACGCGUGGUGCAGUACGCGCUGACCUGA